CAGACACGUUGCCUUGGGAGAAGUAACACGGGGCGCACAAUCGCAGCUCCGCAUCGCUGCGAAGCCCACACGCACCUCACAUCGGAGACUGGCUGCUGCUGCCGCCGCCCGAGUGUCCUGGAUUUACUGCUGAACAAAGGAAACCAGCCGAUUCCCUCCGUCCGCACAAGGUCAGUGAUGGUCAGUGGUGGUUAGGACCUGUGGCCGAGGAUGUCAGCUUCAGAUUCGGACUAUUCCAUUGACUGGCUGGCCAGCGAUGAUGAGGAGGACAACGACAGUGAGGUGGAGACAAAGUGUGAAAGAACGCAGGGGAUGCUGUCUAGCGCUCGUGCUGCUGAGGACAAACCUCAAACAUGCAACAGGAGCACAGACAGCCCGGUGAAGGACAAGGAGGCCAGAAGCUCCAGGAGUAGCUCCCCCUCCAGCUGCACCAACUCCUUCUACAGCACGGAAGGGGAGCUUUCUCCACCAGGAGAGAGUGAUGACCAGUCUGGGUACAGCCGCACCUUAAAAAGUCCUAAAGGCAAGAGCAGGCAGGCGCAGAAGAGAGCGUGGAGCUCGACGGUACCGGAGCAAAAAGAAAGGCAACACACAGCCAACCCAACGGAGAAGGACAGGCUGUUUGCAUGCAAGUGUGUGGAGUUGCAGUGCUACAUUCACCCGCUGUCCUCCAUCCUGAACGGCCUCCGCUCUGGCAGAUACAGAGAACGGCUCAGCACUUUUCAGGAGAGUGUGGCCAUGGAUCGGAUCCAGAGGAUAAUGGGGGUCCUGCAGAACCCGUGCAUGGGUGAGCGGUAUGUCAACAUCAUUCUGAAAAUGGAGGAAAUGCUGAAGAGCUGGUUCCCUCACGUAAAACCCCGCCAACAAGCCACUGCUAUGGAGCUGACGCAAGAGACAACUCCGCUAAAGAAACCGAAGUUGUCCUCAGCUCCUGUCCCCAUGUCCACUGGUCUGGUUAACGCUGCCACUAGCAAUGCUCCCCACAUGGGUGCCAAGGCCAUGCGGGUCAGUGACCUCACCCCCCCUGCGCCUUACUUUGCCACCAACCUGAAAUGGUUUCACACAUCUCCUAUCUGCUCACCCACAGCCGAGCAGGCCCAGGGGACGAUCCGGAACUUUUUAACAGCCCACAGGGACAAGGACAUAACGCAGGACAACUCAGUGUCCUCCAGUACGGACACACCUCAACCUAAGACGGACUUGAUGCCCAGUCGGCCUCCUCUGGGCAAGAUCAACGCUCCCUGCCUGGAGAGACUGCUGAAAUCCACAGAGAGCAUUAUCAGCCAGAAAGGCUCUGGGGGGACGGGCGGCAUGGCAGCUGGCGGCUGGUCCUAGUCUACAGAGACGGCUCUGGGCGAUCAGAGCCAGGCCAGCACCCGCCGGAGUCAGUCAGCUCACUCCAGUGCAAAGCGUACCGCUCCAUUUCAGCCUUCAGGAGAGACACAAAGCCGAGCAAGCCCAGCUUAGCACCUAGAGGAACACAGCCUUCAGAUACACGCCGAAGAAAGCAUCAGCUGGUGUGACUGGUGUGUGUCAAUGUGUCCUCAUCUAACUUGUGCAUCAGAACUGAAUCGUCACUGUUGGAUUACAGUGUGUGUGUGUCUGCGUGUGUGUGUGCGUGCGUGUGAAUGCUGCGAGUGUAAGUUAGGAAAGCCCUCUGAUGCUGAGCCCCCUGAGCUCUCUUUAAGGAGGAUAUCCCUGGUGAGACAGGGCGUGCAUAGACUACAGUGGCUCGACAUGUUCAGGCACUAUAUUGGUAUCUGUGAAUAAAAGCAAGCAUGACUUCAGAAAGGGAAGGGAAAAGAGGGAGUAAUACAUUUUUUGGGAACACUUCAGAUAUUCCAGUGUGUCAGUGCUCUCCAUUGUAGUUGUAGUUUAAAUACGUGGGUUGAAUGUGAAUUUUGCUUUUCUUUUUCUUUUUCUUUUUUUUUCAUCCACUCUACCGAGUCGGUUGAUGUGACUGUUACUUCAUAGGUUUAAAAUUCUAGCUACGUUUUUGGUACAACGGUUCUACCUCAAUCUGACACCAUGUCAACAGUUGUGUACAGGAACGAACGAGAAUGAACGUACACUAACGUCAAAAUCAGAAAGAGGGGGCCGACUAAGAUCAUGGUGAGCCAAAUUUGCCUGUAGUGCCCAGGGUCUUGGGUACGGGCUGCUCUGCUUGUGUGAACCCAGGAGACUCUUUCCAUUAGGAAAAGCUCUGGAGGCCUGACUGGUGCCAUUGUAUAGAAUGUGAACUGCAAAUUUCUUUCACUUUUUUUUUCUUUCUCUGAGAAUCUCCCAGUUCGAGGGCAUCCAGUGCCUGUUAAUUCGAUGUCAAGCUGUGCCUGUACACUGGUUUUGAAGUGAAAUGCGAACCAUUUGGAAUACCUGCAACCUCUAAAGGAUCAACUGAAACAAAUCAUUCAGGAACCCUCCAAACUCCUGCCAUUUCCUGUUAUCACGUAAAUUAUUGAAAUGUUUGCCAACCGCUCCUUGUGGUCAAGUGGGACAAUGACAUUGCUGUUUGCCACAGAGCUGGAUGAUAUCUUGAGAGGGAGAAGGUAUUCAAAGUUUGUGUAAAUAUUUGAAGUUGUUAAACUACCCUUUGCAAAGUGGCCUUUAUAGUGUGAUAUUUUAUACUUUCAAAAUAAAUGUGGUUAUAUUUGUUUGGCGUA